AAUAAAUUAAUAUGACUUGGAAUAUAAGAAUUAGAAUCUUGGACUCCAUGGGGUAAUUCAGAUUUAGAUUUAGCUGGAUGGAUUAACUUAAUAUAAUUAUUUAAAAUUUGUUGUCGUUAGAGGAGCUAGACAUGUACUUUAUUCUUUAUUUAUUUCUCUAGAUGGUUCCUGAAGAUCAAAGAUAAUAUGGCUUUGAAAUGUUUGAUAGUUUCAUUUAUGAUAAUCGAUUCCCUAAAUAUUCAUGAAAUUUGUAAAUAUUAUAUUAAUUACAUAUAUCUAAUUCACCAUUUCCAUUAUUCAUCCUAUAUCUAUUAUAUUACUUUUAUAUAAUAAAUAACAAAUAAAUAAUUAUUUAUGAAUACUUGCUCAACAACAGAUUUUGAUAAAACAGCAUAGUUUUUCUUUCCGAAUUCAUUAAAUCCUACAUAUUCUCCUUAGAAAUAAUAACAAAAAUCUCUUUAAAUCAUAUGCAUUGACCCCUUUAAAAAAGGAUCUAAUACUAAUAUCAAAAUUAAAAGAACAAAUAGUUAAAUAGAACUUCCUAAAUUGUAAUUAUAUACUGAGGUUGAAUCUCCUGAUAAUCAUAACAAAAUUAGAGCAAAUUUUAUUAGAGAUUAAUUAUAUACACCUAAUGCAAGUAGAGCAGAAAGAUUCCCAUGUAAUAACAUAAAUAAAUCAAAUGAAUCUAGUCCUUAAAAAAUGUCUAGUUAAAUCAGUUUCAAUAAAUAAAAACAAACUUAAAAAUCAUUUUUAAAGUGUGGUCCUCAAUAAAAAAUAGUCACAAGAAUUUUCGGAGAAUUAUGA